AUGAUAGUAGAGGACUUGGAAGAAGAAAUCCCCACAUGUGUGAAGGAUGAAGAUUGUUUUGAGGAUAUUCAAGAUGUGUAUGAUCAAUUGUUUGUAGAAUUCCUCAAACAACAAAAGAAUGUUCUUGCAUUGAAUGAGAAAGUGAAUUCAAGUGAAGAAGAUAGAAAAGCACUUCAUGUGGACUUGGUUAAAUCCAAAGCUCUUCUUGAUCAAAUAGGACAAGUGAGUCCAAGCAUAAUCAUGCAUCUUCUUCACAUGGACCGCAUGGUUGAGUGCCCAAAGCUCCUUUUACCCCCAAGAUCAAAAUUGAUCUACAUACUUUUUUGGGAGGAGAGAGUUAGUCCUCCAUCCAUUCCCCAACCUAACCCAAGCUUUAGAAAGGAAAAACAAGUAUGGGUGACUAGGGAGGAUUUUGAGAAACUCAUCAUCUCAAUCAAAUUAGAGCCCCCGAGUGCUUCUAGCAAGGUCACGACUCCUAAGAAGUAG